CGGCGGCUUCGGGGUGGGGUGGGGGGGUCCGACCGAAGAUGAGCGCGGGGCACGUCGUCUGCACGGGCUGGCUCAUCAAGUCGCCCCCCGAGAAGAAGCUCAAGAGAUACGCUUGGCGGAAGCGCUGGUUCGUGUUGCGACAGGGCCGAAUGAGCGGGAACCCUGACGUGCUGGAAUACUAUCGGAACAGCCAUUCGAAGAAGCCCAUCCGCGUGAUCGACCUGAACGAAUGCGAGGUGGUGAAGCACUCCGGGUCCAGCUUCAUCAAAAAGGAGUUCCAGAACAACUCGGUCUUCAUCGUGAAAACCACUUACCGGACCUUCUACCUGGUGGCCAAAUCCGAGGAGGAGAUGCAAGUGUGGGUGCACCACAUAACCCAGAUCUGCAACUUUGGACAUUUGGAAGAUGGGACAGAUUCGGGGGACAGUCUCUCGCAUACCACCUCCUCCCCACAGCCUUCGCCGGCGGCUUCAGCCCAUGCCUUGAGGAUUCUGAACCCGUCCUCGUUGGUGGAUCAGGCCCCCACUGAUACCUCAGCCGCAGAGGAGACGGGCAGCGAGUCGGAAUCUGUUUUCCUUCCUGACUAUCUCUUCUUAUCCAACUGUGAGACUGGGAAACUCACCCACACCAGGUGCCACAGCUGGUCCAAUUCUGACCGGUCCUUGGAGCAGACUUCGUCAGAUGAUGUCUUCAUUGACUUUGUAGCAUCCCAGCCCUCGCUUUAUUUGCACCCUUCCAGCAGCCUCCUGCAAGAUCUGGUCCAAUCCAUAGGUCCAGGGGCCCUUUCCAGGAAUCCGGACUCCAGCGGGCCCCCUUCCAGUGAUUUCUCUUCAUCCUCACCAUUGUCAGGACCUCCUUUAACGCCAACCUUCCUGGCCGAUAAAAGCCAGAGCACUUGUGCUUCGGGUGUGGCCGAACUGGACCUUCCAGUCAAUAUGCCGCCGCCAAGGCCUCCCAAACCAACUCACCUCUCGGACAGAAGGGUUGAGGAGCAGCCCACUGGGGCUCUUCAGAACGGACAUGCCGGGAUCUCAAACGCUCAAAGGGCUGUGGUGCCGAGAAGGAUCUCCCUGUCAGGUCUGGACACCAUGAGGAAUUGGAGAGCUGACAUGGAAGAGAAUUCCUUAAGACGCAGGGAUAAGAGGCUCAGCUUGAAUUUGCCCUGUCGGUUCAGCCCUCUAUAUUCCUCCACAUCCAACAGUUCUGAGGACAGUUACGUGCCCAUGCACCCCAGUGCUUCCCCACCGGUCCUGGGUUCUGAUUGCACCGCCGAUGGCUAUAUUCCCAUGAGUCCAGGCUCGGCUACGUUUACCCUCUCGGGUGGCAGCACUGAAAAACUCUCCAGCCCCCUCCCCGAGCUUCCCACGGACCUGGAACCCCCUCCAGUGAACAGGGACCUCAAGCCCCGUCGAAAGUUCCGACCGCCUCCGCUGGACUUGCGAAACCUUUCCACCAUCCGAGAACAUGCUGCCUUAACCAGGACGUGGACCGUGCCUUACAAUCGAACGAGCUUUAUCUCCCCAGAAAGAGAUGGCAUUAAUUCAGCGAGAGUCUUUGCCAGCUCCAUUUCCGGACAAGAGGAAGAAAGUUACAUUCAAAUGGAGCAUCAGCAAGCAACAUCUCCCUGUAACGGAGCCUUCCCAUGGCCAAAGACGUUUAAUGUUGACUACUUAGCGCUGGAUUUUAACUCUGCUUCUCCAUCCCCUGUUCAAAAGAAACCUUUCCUCUCUGAAGAACAAAGGGUGGACUACGUCCAGGUCGACGAGCAAAGGACCCAGGCUCUCCGGAACACUAAACAGGAAUGGACGGACGAAAGGCAGUCGAAAGUUUGAGGCGGAAAAAGUGGCCGGCCGGCUUGAGUUUGGAGAGUUUUGAUUUUUGCACAUGGAUAUCCAGGUUGUUGCAGCACCGAGAGCGAGAAGCUGCCAAUAUUGCAGGUGGUGGGGAUGGCUCUGGUGUUCCUCCACUUCUGGAACACAUCAGUGGGAGAUGAUGGAUACAUGGCUUACCAGAGUUAUACCAUCGGUGUCAUCGCCUUGAUCGCCCCUUCUAGCAGAGAUCCGUGGUACCAUUGUAGGAUCUGAACUUGGGCGCCUUUGAAUGUUUCAUGGGAACAAAAGCCUUCUUACAUCACAUUUUGAUUACUGUGUUUUUCCCCCCUGUUGUUGUUGCUGUUUUUCUUUUUAAAUCCUCAUUAUUUUAACAGAUGCUGCCUCUUCUGUAGCAUCUGGUACUGACAAGUAUCGGAGAAAUAAGGGCUAAGCAUAAGAAACAACCUCAAAUACUUUGUAGAAGAAAGAAGGAUAGGACGUCCUUUGAAAUAAAAUGCUCUGGCUUUGU